CUUUUAUCUUUUGCGCAAAUUUCAUUGGCUACAUUCAGUGACGUGGGCGUGGUCGCCUGACUUCUACUGGACUUGAUUGGCUGGUAUGAACGUUAGGUUCCCACCCACCAUGUCUUCAUCCGCCUAAUGUCGAUACGCUGAUUGGUCGAUGACCCGUCAUUCAUCCGGGUUUAAUAAGGAAGAGAUACCAACUGCCAAGAUGAAGCACUACGAGGUGGAGAUACUGGACGCCAAGACCAAGGACAAGCUCUGCUUCCUGGACAAGGUUGAGCCAAAUGCCACCAUCGGGGAGAUCAAGUCUAUGUUCCACAAGAGCCACCCUCAGUGGUACCCAGCCAGACAGUCUAUUCGCCUCGACCCCAAGGGGAAGUCUCUGAAGGAUGAGGACGUUCUGCAGCAUCUUCCUGUGGGAACCACGGCAACCUUCUACUUUAGAGAUCUGGGAGCUCAGAUCAGCUGGGUCACAGUAAGUCCAAACAACAAUCACCUUGAAAACAUGACUGUGAAAGUGGGCUCCAACAGGCCGUCAACACCAAGUUCCCACUGUGCAGGAAAUGGAAUAAUUGAACCAUGUGUCUCUUUCAGUCUGGCCUGUAUGUGUCACUCCUUCCAUUACGUUAAGAGACUCCUGGAGACCCUGUUUGUCCAUCGCUUCUCUCAUGGGACGAUGCCGUUACGGAACAUCUUCAAGAAUUGCACCUACUACUGGGGCUUUGCAGCAUGGAUGGCUUAUUACAUCAACCAUCCACUAUAUACACCACCCAUUUAUGGAGAACAGCAGAUCAGGCUGGCGCUCAUCAUAUUCCUGUUCUGCCAAAUCGGGAACUUCUCCAUCCAUAUCGCCCUGCGGAACCUCCGCCCUCCAGGCUCCAAAACCAGGAAGAUUCCCUAUCCAACCAAGAACCCCUUCACCUGGAUCUUCCUUCUAGUCUCCUGUCCCAACUAUACCUAUGAGCUGGGCUCCUGGCUCGGCUUCACCCUGAUGACCCAGUGUCUGCCGGUGGCCUUCUUCACCAUGGUGGGUUUCAUCCAGAUGACGGUCUGGGCCAAAGGGAAGCACCGCAGCUAUCUGAAGGAGUUUAGAGACUACCCACCUCUCCGCUCGCCCAUCCUGCCCUUCAUCUUGUAGAUCCAGUUCCAGCUGAGCUUUUCUCUAAACCCACUGCUAGAUUUAGACCAAGCUUGACCUCUCCCCGUUUCUCUCCCUGCUCUAACUUCCUGCUGUGUUGAGUAAAACUAAAACACUAGUUUAGUUAUUGUAUUGCAGACAGUUCUGAUUGGUUUUAGUUUUCUUUUUCUCCCCCCAAGUAUCUACUAAAAUCUGCUGUAAAUUAUGCAAAGGCUCCAUUUUUACUGCCUCUCAUUGCAGCUCUGGUGUUUUUGUCUUCAUCUGCUGAUAUUAAUAAUCUCUUUAAACUCACCCUUAAUUGCUGAAGAAUCUUAAAUCUGAAACUGACAGAAUGAUGUUUUGUUGUCUGAG